GACAAGGUGACAAUGGUCCAAGCUGCAGCCAAAGAGCUGGACUACUUCAACCCACAGACCGUACAGGACAGAGGGCAUCACAUCUGAGGAAGAGCCUGAAGGAGAAAGCCCCGCCUACUGCUUCCUCCCCCCAGCCAAUCAGGAUCCGGACCUGGAUUGCAAAAGAGAGCAACAACCUAUCAGAGGCUGAGAAGAAGAGGACGGAAGCAGCGGUAGAGCAGGCUGUGAGGACGGUCUCCUCUUUACUGUCAGUGAACAGAGUUGUCGGUCCGUUGCUGCUCAGCAGAGAUGUUAACAAAUACUGCAAGUUUCUCUGGAGGAAUUCAAGUACUGCCAACUACAACAGGUGUGGUCGAGCCAACAGCAACUACAGAACUGAGACCUGUCUGGAUGUGACAAUCCCAGACGAUCAUCUUGCUGGAUGUGAUAUUUACAUUCAUGCUGAUUCACCUCACAGGACUGAGCUCCGUCCUGGAGGUGCAGGACUCGCUGACACGGACUUCCUGCUGUACCUUCACAUGAAGUCCACUGACAAGUGCAGAGCAAAGCCUAAUAUUUUGGCCUACGCUGCUCACUGCCAGACAGAUGCACUUGGACGACCUGUGGCCGGGGUGGUGGUCAUCUGCAGGGACAGACUGAAAGGAGAAACGUUUAGUCACCAGUCAGCUGUACAGACUGUGAUCCAUGAGCUGUUUCAUGUGCUGGGUUUCUCUAAAGAGCUCUUCCACACCUGGCGAGACUGUUCCUCCAUGUCGCAAGCUGAGAGUGCCGACUGUUCUCCUCAAGGGAAAGUGACCUACUCUGACGGAUCCGGCCACAUGAGGAUUUACACCCCAUCUGUCAUCUCAGCCCUGCAGAAGCACCUGAACUCCACUGAUCCUGAGCUUGGGGGAUGGCUAGAGAACCUUGGUGUACUUCCUGGCAAAGUAUCCUCACACUGGGAGUCCAGGAUCUUUCAGGGCUCCAUCAUGGCAGCAGAGCUAGCGGACUCAUCCUCAGUCCGGAUCGACCCGGUAACCUUGGCUGCAUUACAGGACACGGGCUGGUACAAUGUAGACGUGAGCAGUGCACAGAGUCUGGUGUGGGGAGACGGAGAAGGGGCCAUGUUUGGAUCCCUGUCAACCUGUCAGAACAAAUCCUCAUCGUUUUUCUGCUCUGGCAGUGGGUUUGGGUGUCAUUACCUUCACCUCCACAAAGGGGAGUGCAAGACUGAUCAAUACCUGGAGGGAUGCAGAGUGUAUAAACCCCUCAAAAAUGGAAGUGAGUGCUGGAAAAAGGAAAACCCCAGGCGGUCAGCUGAAGCGGACUCGACUGGGGAGAUCUUUGGUUUUGACAGCCGAUGCUUCUUCUCCAGUCUGACCAGACAGAACCGGAGUCAGUUUCCUUCGUUCAUCAGCACAGUGGAGGGGCGCUGUUACAGACACAGGUGUACUGGACCAAACAGGUACCAAAUCCACGUGUCAGGCUCUGAGUGGGUGGAGUGUCCAGCAGGGGGAAGCAUUCAGAUUGAAGGAUACCAGGGUUCAGUUUCCUGUCCUGACAGGAGGUUGUGUCUGUACUCUGACAUCACUCCUCCUUCAGACGCCGUCGAUACAUUUCCUGCUUCCAUCAUCAGAGAUCCAUAUGGGACUUUAACUUCAGCCCAGACCUGGACCUGUUUGUCCUUCGGUGUCAAAACAUCUCUCAGCAUCACUGCUGCCGUGUGUCUCCUGGCUGCAGUUUUGGUGUCUUACAGAAAAUGUUGCUCCUGCAGGAUCAGGAUCCACACCAGCACAGAUGAACACAGUAAUCUGUAGGAAACACAGCCUCUAAAACCAGCUUUAUAAACUUUAAUUGUUCAAUAAUUUUGUUUGUCUCUUCUUAGUAAUUUAUCUGAAGGCUGCGUUGUAAUUGUAGAGUUAUUCAGUCAGAGAAAAAAUGCCUUUUUAUGACAAUUUUUAUUGAACAGAGUAAUGUGAAAACAUAAAGAUAACCUGCUGUGAUCAAACGCAGCUCAAAAAUAUCAAUCAGCUGGUUUCUCACCCUACAUACAUUAUAUUGAUCAGAAAUGAUACCAAAAAAACAUAAUGAGGAAACAUGGCCACACCAAAAAACAGUAUCUAUAUAUAUAUAUGACCCUAACAGAAAAACUAAGAUGAAAAUUAUAAAUGAAGUGAAAUUAAACUCAAUUUGGAGCAUAAUAUUAUUCCCAAUUCUAACACAUGUACAGAGAAGUUUGGGUAGAAUACAGACACCUUUUUGUGUUACCACCACUUAGCAAAAUAUUACAAGAAGUAGUAAUCCCUGAGUUAUAAACUGUCAUUGUGUAAAAUAAACUGUAUAAUUAUGGAUGCUCAA